AUGGCGGCGACAGCACUCUACAACACGAUGGACGCCGUUCUUCAUGACAUCGACGACCUCAAGGAGUGGGAGCUAAUGAUCACUUGGUGCUCCCUACCCAACUCCCUUGAAAAUCACAUCCACGGCAUUGCCGAAUGUUCUUCCACCGACAGAGAGGCCCAGCGCGAGUUCGCCAAGGCGGCCGCCGAAGCUCGUGCCAUUGUCAUGAGCACUUUAUCCCCAGAGCUCCUCGAGCGUGUCGCCGCCCGCCUCAAUAUGAACACUGCCACCGCAGAGAACAUUGUCGAAACCGCGCGUAAAACCGUCUUGACAGAUGUCGAUUACCAGCAGACGCUCUUCGAAUUUGUCAACCUCGACCGCCUCGAGUUUCCCUCGCUCGCGUCGUUUACCGACCGCUUGAACUGGUUGUGGCGAAUCGUGAAGGCGCACCAUGACAGGACCAACGACAUGAUGUACGUCACGGUUGGCCUCAAGGCCAUUCAGUGCUAUCAUCCGGAUGUCUACAAGACGCUGUGCGAUCAGGAUACGCUUGACAUUGGUGACAUUGAGUACUGGUUGGACUUUCUCGCACAGACCGACGACGAGUUCUGCUGA